GUGUGUUUCCCAGCCCAGCCCAUCCCUCUCCUCUCCAUCAGUGAAAACGCGCGAGGCUUCGGAUGCUGCGAUGCGUACCACCCACUGAUUCUCAUCUAUGGUGCCAACAGACGGACAUUACAGGAGAAAAACAACAAACGGACUCCAUCACUGCUGAUUAUCAGGCCUGUGGGUCGGUGUUGAUGUCUAUGGCGAACAGAGGACCGAGCUAUGGGCUCAGCCGUGAGGUCCAGGAGAAAAUAGACCAGAAGUAUGAUGCUGAGUUGGAAGCUCGACUGGUGAACUGGAUCCUGUUACAGUGUGGAGACGACCUGGAGCGACCAGAACCUGGCAAACAGAACUUCCAGAAAUGGCUUAUGAGUGGAACAAUUUUGUGCCGUCUCAUUAACAGUCUGUACCCGAGUGGCAUGGAGCCAGUUAAGAAAAUAACAGAAACUAAAAUGAUCUUUAAACAAAUGGAGAAAAUCUCACAGUUCCUGCAGGCCACUGAGGAAUAUGGAGUUAACAGAGGAGACAUAUUUCAGACAGUUGAUCUCUAUGAAGGAAAGGACAUGGCUGCUGUCCAAAGAACACUCACAGCUCUGGGAAGUGAAGCUCUUACAAAAGACGACGGUCAUUAUCGUGGAGACAAAGACUGGUUUCAUAAGAAAGCUAAGGGACACAAGAGGGAGUUUUCAGAGGAGCAGCUGCGUCAGGGCAGGACUUUAAUCGGUUUGCAGAUGGGAAGCAAUCGCGGAGCGUCUCAGUCCGGUAUGGUGGGUUACGGCACCCCCCGCCAGAUUAUGCGGUACGAUUCUCCUCGACAAAAUGGAGAGGAAAACAAUCCCUAAAUACUCCAUUCAGCUAUGAUUUAAAAUUAAACUGUCAAAUGUAAUAUUUCAGGUAAAGAAGCAAUGUGUGCAUGUGUGUAUAUGGUGGACAGUGCAACCGCUUACACCAAGCCUAUAGGUUUACAUAUAUUAUUGUUAUUCUCUUACCCACAAUGCACCGGUAAUCCCAGUCAGCAGUGGAUCAAGGCCAAAUACUCUGAGAUUCACUGCUAAUAUUAAAGGGCACCUAUUAUGCAAAAUCCAAUUUUUGCAAGGUGGACAUAAAUGUGUAUUGGCAGUGUGUGAACACAACCCCAUACAAUGAAAAUUUUUUUUUUUUAAUCCCGUUAUACCGAAGCAGUCUCAUUAGACAUGCCAUUUUGAGUCUCUUGUAAAUGUGACGUCACACUGAUAAAGCCCCUCCCACAGCCACUUUACCAUAGUUUCCGCCCUCAGCGAGUUGUACACUGUCUCUUUCAAGAGUGUGAUACUAUUGUUUCAGACUGUAUUCACAGGAAUCAGAUCUUAUUUAAAUGAAAGUGCUCACUGUCUCUUUUUGAAAGGAAGCAAGGAGCUGUAGCUCAUUUGCAUUUAAAGGUACAGACACACACAAAAAAACAAAUUUUUGCUCCCACCCAAAUAGGGGCAUUUUGGCCAUGCAAUAAUAAAUGAUCUGUGAGGUAUUUUGAGUUAAAACUUCACAAACACAAUCUGGGCACACCUGAGACUUUUCUUACAUCUUGUGAAAAUGGGCAUAAUAGGUGCCCUUUAAAUGUAUCACUUUAAAACUCUUUGUUAAAAACGCGAAUUUCUCUGAACGUGUAGUUCUUUAAGGAUGGUAAGCUAAGAAAAAGGCUUUUCUUUAAGGAUCUUUAGCCCAGUAUGCUGUAGAAAUGUUUAAAGGGAUAGUUCACCCAAAAAUGAAAAUUCGUUCAUCAUUUACUCACUCUCAGGUUGUUACAAAUCUGUAUACAUUUAUUUGUUCUGAUGAACACGAAAGACGACAUUUUGAGAAAUGUUUGUAACCAAACCGUUCGUGGACACCAUUUACUUCCAUAGUAUUCUUUUUUCUUACUAGGGUCCAUGAAUGGUUUGGUUACAAAUAUUCCUCGAAAUGUCUUCAUUUGUGUUUAUCAGAGCAAAGAAAUUGAUAUAAAUAAGUAAAUGAUGACAUAAUUUUCAUUUUUGGGUGAACUAACCCUUUAAUAGAAAAGUCUUUUUGAUCUAAAAGCCAUCUUUAACCAAUCAGUAUCUUUUGGAGUGUCAUGUUACUAUUUAAAUUGAAUUGUAAAUGUAAGUUGUUUAUGGUUGACUUGAUACUGUAUUAUCAAAUAUACACUAAUUACUGUAACAGAAUGCACACAUGACACAAAUAUUGUCUCUUCACCAAAUAUCGAUGUAGUGCAUAUUUUUUCUGAUGUCACUGAAUUGAACUGAUGUGAUAUAGGAGUGUUGCUGUAUAAUCACUGUACAAAAUCAAUUGUGGUAUUUAUUUAGUGUCAAUUAAAUGCAUCUAUUUUUAAACUAUUUAUGGAUAUACUAACGUACGUAAAGUUAUUUAAAUGUGCUUCUAAAUCAUACAUUAUAAAACAUUAUUGUUAUAUACUUUUGACUAACACAUACUAUACUGUCACAGGUUACACAUACUUUUCAGUUUAGAUGACCGUGAUGAGAUGAAAUUUAGUUUUAAAUGUACCUUUUUUCUUUUCAUUUUUUCAUUAGUUUCAGUUGUUUGUUUCAUGUAAAAUUACUGAAGGUGUACAUUUCUGGAUGCAAAAACAUGCAUUUUGACAAUACAGUUUGGUUGCAUUUGAAUGGAUGAGCAGUUUUAAUAGAAAGCAACUAAACAAUACAGCAUAGUAAAAAACAUUGUUAUAUUUGUAACACUUUACAAUAAGGUUUAUUGUUAACAUUAGUGAAUGCAUUAGCUAACAUGAAGUAACAAUGAGCAAUAUAGUUUUUCAGCAUUUAUUCUUUUUUGUUGAUUUUAGUUAAUGCCCAUAUAAUUGUUCAUGUUAGUUCAUUGUGCAUUUUGAUUUACAUUUUGUUUUUUACAAAAAAAAAAAAGUAUAUUUCAUGUUAGCUAAUGCAUUUACUACUGUUAAAAAUUCAACCUCAUUAUAAAGUGCUACCGUUAUUUCUGACCCUUUACAGCCGCCUUGAACUUCAAGGCAAAGAAUAAAAAAUAAAAUCUCAAUGACUUUCAAAGUAGGCCAGAAACAUAAAAAUGUGGUCAAUUUAAAUUUGAUGUAAGCAAAAAAAUGGUAGGAAAUGUUAUGAUGUCACACCGACACAGCUGUGACUUCACAGACCCUGAUUAAGAGUCUUGCAUUACUUGAUAUGGUAAUCUGUCCAUAUUAAGGUGAUAAAAAACA